GCCAGUAUCAAAUUAUUCCUCCUGACAAGCCUGUCAUUGGAGUCAUUGGAAAAGGAGUCAUCCUGCCCUGUCAGCUGAAUGCUAAGAUAAUCCCUGCGAAACUUGCCGUUCAGUGGAUAUUUACUAGAAACACCAAAGAAAUUGUUGUGACCACUUAUGAUGGAAAAAACCCAUACAAUCCAGUUCUUGAGGAGGAGACAUACCAGGGCAGGACAAAUUUUUUUCGGUCUGAAUUUAGUCAGGGAAAUGUGUCUCUUCACCUGAAAAAUGUCAUGCUCUCGGACAAAGGGAAAUACACCUGCAGCGUCUUUUUUGGCAAUGGGUAUGAUGAAGUGGUGGUUGACUUGGAUGUGGCAG